UCCCCCGGCCUUCAUUGCCAACCCCUCGCACUCUCAGCCCCUAACAAUGUCUCGCUCUUUCCUCCUCUUCCUCUCUCUCCUCCUGUCCCUCCUCAUCGCCGCUGCCGCUCACGGCGGCGGCCACGACGAGCAGGACGCCGACCACAAUGAUCCACCCGUUGACCUGCGAUCCAAGUCCCUGAUCCUCGCCAAGAUCUGGUGCCUCAUCCUGGUCUUCGUCGGCACGUUCGUCGGCGGCGUGUCCCCUUACUUCCUGAAGUGGAACGAGGCGUUCCUGGUUCUGGGGACGCAGUUCGCCGGAGGGGUGUUCCUGGGGACGGCGCUGAUGCACUUCCUCAGCGACGCCAACGCGACGUUCGGCGACCUGACGGAGAAGGACUACCCCUUCGCGUUCAUGCUCGCGUGCGCCGGCUACUUGCUGACCAUGCUCGCCGACUGCGCUAUCUCCCAUGUCUACGGCAAGAAGGAGGGACAGAGCAGUCGCUCCAUUGGCGAUUUGGAGGUCCAAGGAAGCACCGUGCAGGGAAAGGGCAGCAGCGCAAACGGAGCGACCCAUCAUCACCCCGCCAGCGUCCACGUGGGAUCGCUCAGCGACAGCAUCCUGUUGAUCGUGGCCCUCUGUUUCCACUCCUUCUUCGAAGGCAUCGCGAUUGGAGUCGCAGAAACGAAGGCAGAUGCCUGGAAAGCCCUGUGGACCAUUUCCCUCCACAAGAUAUUUGCAGCGAUUGCAAUGGGCAUCGCCCUCCUGAGGAUGAUGCCCAACAGGCCUCUCCUGUCGUGUGUUUCAUACGCCUUUGCUUUCGCGAUCUCGACCCCUGUCGGCGUGGCCGUAGGGAUCAUAAUAGACGCUACCUCGCAGGGUGCGGUGGCGGAUUGGAUCUAUGCCAUCUCAAUGGGUUUGGCUUGCGGCGUGUUCAUCUAUGUUUCCAUAAACCACUUGCUUUCCAAAGGGUACCUGCCGCAGAGGGCAGUCUCCGUGGACACGCCCAUUCAUAAGUUCUUGGCCGUGACGCUUGGGGUCGGGGUGAUUGCCAUCGUGAUGAUCUGGGAUACCUAAGGACACUCUGCCCCUCCGCCGCUGUGUUCUUAAUAGGGAGAGAAAGAAGAGCAAAUACCACGGUUAAGGGCUCCAGAUACUCGUGGAAAGGAGGGAAAUGGUUGGAAAUAGCUGCUGCAUUGGUGAAACUUAAGAUGUGGAGGCUCGUCAGUGUUUUGAUAAAAUUCGAAGCACGAACAUACUUAAACACUUAAUAAUCGAAAAUUCCCAAA